CCGCCCCUUCUUCUCCUCUCCUCGUCUUCAUCAUCAUCAUCAUCUCCAGCCUCCACCUGACCUCCAGUCCUCACAUGGUAAAACUCUCCGCUUCUCCCCGGAGCUGCAGCAGCUGCACAGCGGCUGCCCCUCCGUCACUCAGGCCGCUGUAGGAGCCGCUCAGGGCGGGGAGGACGGAGCGUGUGAGCCGCUGGAGGACGCGCAGGCAGAAGACACACAGUCAGACACAGACACGCGGAGGACAGGCGCUCACUCACAGCGGCAGUUUGUGGUUCGUUAAUCACCGCAGCUGCGAGGAGGAAGAUGAAGGACGGUGUCACCAUGUUUGUGCUGCUCGCGCUCAUGUGGACGCAGCUGCUGCUCUCAGAAUCGUCCUCUGGCGACCACGAGCUGCGUCUCCUCCCUUCACGCCGCUCCGGUGACCUCUCACCUCAGGAGGAUGUGGACAUAUCCGAUCUCCGUCACCCCCACCAUCAUCAUCAUCAUCAUCAUCAUCAUCAUCAACAUCACCUCCACCGCCGCCGCCACCACCCGCCUCCUCUCAGGUUUGGUGACACGCUUCCCGCCGCGCUUUUGGAUUCCCGCUUUCACCCGGAGCGACGCGACAGCGCUCAGCGGACGCUCGACCUGCUCGCGCGGCCGCAUCAGGAGGUGCGGCCGGAGCACGCCGCCGUCUCCUCACGGCACCUGGUCACCGUGUACUUGGCGGUGGACGUGCGGAGGCUAAACUUCAGUCUUCUUCGUUGGUUUCGGGACGGUGUAGCCGCGGCGCUCAGCGUUCCUGCGGGACACGUUCACAUCAACCGACUGAAUGAGGAGAAGAAUGGCAUCGAGCUCUUUGUGUCCUCUGAUAGGCCGGGCGUCUCCGAGCCCCGCCCCGCCGAUGAGGUCAUCCAGUCGCUGAACGUCAGGGUCCUUCACCACCACCUGGGACACUUUGGCAUCACCGAGGUCUCCACUGAGAAGAACGUCCUGCAGGGGGAGCAGAGGGACCAUGUGUGGAGCAGAGAGGGUUUUUACACCUUCUUCCUCUUCUUCACCGUCUUCGUCAUAGUCGUCACCUGCUUGAUGGUUUUGUACCGACUCAAGGAGAAGGUCCAGGUUUCUGAGAGACGCCUGAAAGCCCUGCCCCCUGACCUCCACCUGACCUUGACCAUCCCUCCAGACUCCGCCCACAGGUCAAAGGGCACCAAGGUUCUCACGUCAGGAAGCAUGGUCCAGGCUGAGCUCCCUCCAUCUUUAGCCACGCCCAUUUCCCAGCAGCAGAAGCAGCAGCCAAUCAUAGCCUGCCGUCGCCUCGCUCCACCUGUCGUCCCUCUGUCCAGCUCCGCCCCCGCCGACUCUGUCGUCAACGGCGACAGCCACACCCUGCCUCCCAACGUUGCCCUGGUGACCGCCAAUAACGAUCUAAAGCCCUGCCCCUCCCCCUUCAGGAUGAAACCCGCCGCAGGACUGCAGGAAAGGCGCGGCUCAAACGUGUCUCUGGUGUUGGACAUGUCGUCCCUGGGCUCGGUGGAGCCUCUCAGUGUCCCCGUGAUCACUCCCAGAGAGUCUGCAGCGAGGGAGUACCUUCUGUCCGCCGGACGACCCCUGACGAGACAGCGGCUGAGAGACGUCGUCCACAACACGCAGACGCUGCACACGGAGUUCACCGAAAUUCCCAUGAACUUCAUCGAUCCCAAGGAGCUGGAUAUUCCAAACCACGGGACCAAGAACAGAUACAAGACCAUACUGCCCAAUGCCCACUCGAGAGUGACCCUGAAGUCCAAGAGCUGCAACGACCUGCUUGGCUCCUACAUCAAUGCUAAUUAUAUACGGGGUUACCGUGGCGACGAGAAGGCGUUCAUCGCCACGCAGGGACCCAUGGUGAACACGGUCAAUGACUUCUGGCUGAUGGCGUGGCAGGAGGAGGCUCCGGUCAUCGUCAUGAUCACCAAACUGAAGGAGAAGAACGAGAAGUGCGUUCUGUAUUGGCCGGAGAAGAGAGGCAUCUACGGGAAGGUUGAAGUGCUGGUGAACAGCGUCAGAGAGUGUGAACACUACACCACGCGCAGCCUCACACUCAAGUGUGGGAAUCAAACCCGUGUGCUGCAGCAUUACUGGUACACGUCGUGGCCCGACCACAAAACCCCCGCUUCUGCGCUGCCGCUUCUGCAGCUGAUGGACGACGUGGAGACGGACAGACGGAACGCCGCCGCACUGGGACCAGUUAUUGUCCACUGCAGUGCCGGGAUUGGCCGGACCGGCUGUUUCAUCGCCACGACGAUAGGCUGUCGGCAGCUGCAGUCGGAGGGAGUGGCCGACGUUUUGAGCAUCACGUGCCAGCUCCGAGCAGACCGAGGUGGCAUGAUCCAGACGGGGGAGCAGUACGAGUUUGUGCACCACGUGCUGAGUCUCUACGAGGCCCGCCUCCCCGCGGAAACCGACCAAUCAGGCGAGUCCUCAGCAGGUAUGAUCUGAUAUUUGGGAUUUUCUUACCGAGACGAGGGAUUCCAGAGGAGGUCUUUAAACUUUAAAGGACAACCAGAGAGGAAGGAAAGGAAACGGUGAAAGGUUAUAUUCUGGAAAAUGGAAUGUGUCCAUUCUUCUUCUCCACUGCUCUUUCUUCUUCUUCUUCUUCUUCUCCUUCUUCUUCUUCUUUGCUGCUGCUUCUUCAGUGGAGACGUUUGUGAGACCUGUCCUCUUCGGUCGACUGUUGGACUCUGUUGUUUCUAACUAACUGUCCUGUUUACCUCUCUGUCGUCAUGGAGACGUCCUAGUUUGACUGGAAAACAUCGAUGGUACUUUCUUCAAUAACACUGUUGUGUUUGUGUGUCUUAUAGAGUUUUACAAUUAUUUUUCGACAUGAUGGUGUUCUUCUUCUUCUUUUUUUUCUUCUUGUAUGAAAAGGACAAUUUGGAAAAUGACUGUUUUGCUUGUUGCACCUUUGGUUGAGCGACAAUAGUUCUGCUGACCUGUACCCUGCCCAAAUCUGACCCAAAUGUGUCUUGUCAAUUUCUAAUUUAAUCCAAACUCACCAUCUUAAUCCCUUUAUAACUAACUCUUAAUUAAUUCCUUAGCUCAGAUACCAAAAAUAAAGUGUUUGAAUCAGAUUUAAACUUAUGACCUUAAUCCAAGAAUAUAGGAGCGAUACCAAACCACAACUUAAUUGUUUAUCACUGAUAAAGUAUUAAUUAACUUCUGGUUAACAUUUUGUGUAUUUAAAGGCAUUUUUACAAACUUUAAAUCUUUCAAAUUUGAGGCGAAAAUUAGCCAAAUAUGUUAACAUUCCUUUCUAAUAUAUUGUAUCAGCAGCUUUGCUAUUUCGUUAAACCAUGGAGCUAACGUUAGCGAGCUAACAAAAUUGACAUUUGUGCUAUUUCACCCUCAGUUUUGUGCAAUAUUCCACUACUUUCUACUAAAUGUUAGCCUGUGGCCUGGUUUAUUUAUACUUAACUUCGAGAGAGAUUAGGUUGCAGAUGGAACUACCUCCAGCCUUACAAAACAUGCUAAAAAGCUAACAGACCAAUGUAGUAAUAAUAAUAUAAUAAAUACUGUCCUGCCAAGCUAGUUAUUUUAGUAAAGAAACCCCAUAGAGGCUUAUGCUAGCAUUAGUAGCACCAUGUUAAUAAAAACCUGAAUGCUAAUUUAUAAACUUAUGCUAAUGCUUGCACUCUAUGCUAAUGCAGGAUUAUUCAUUAGUUUUAGUUUUUAUUUUGUUUUGAUUUUUUUUUAAGUUAUUAAAUAGUCUUUAGAACAUGUUUGCUAGUUUUUAUUUUUGUAAAUGCUUAGUUUUAGUUUAUUUUUUAUUAGUGUUAGCGUUACAUUUAGUUUUUUUUGGUAAUAUGGAGUAUUUGGCACAUUUUUACUACAGUUUUAGUUUGUUUUAUAAACCCACAAUUCAGUUUCAGUUAGUUAUUGUUUUGGUUUUUUGAACUCAAGUUUUUAGUUUUUAUUUCAGUUAACAAAAAUGUUUUUUUUUAGUUUUAGUUUUCGUAUAAUAACCUUGCUGCUAAACAAACAAAAAACAAUUUUUUUACACUUUAAGUCAUUACAGCUCAGCAGUGCCAAGAAUUAUGGGAAAUAAAUUUAAUUAAAAAUAUAAAUCCAAAAUUUUUUACGGUGCCCCGCCGAGACAUAAAAUAAAUUCCGAAACACAAAAUUGUAAAAUAAAAUGGGGCAAUUUUUUAGUCAGAAUUUAAUCCACAUAUUUUUUCAGUGGUUAUCAUUUUUUUUUUAUUAUUUGCAGCGUCAUUCCUCAUAAAUAUUUAGAAAAUUAGCAUUGCUUCAUCUAAAGAGUUUACACUCACUUUGACAAAUCCCCCCCCCCGUUGUGUGUAUUAUUUACUUUAUACCAAAAAUGUGAAACAAUAUAAAUGUCACAAUGGUGCAAUCAUGUUAUUGAUACGAUGUUGAUGAUGAUGAUGAUUAUUAUGUUAUCUAGUCAGUUAUUUUUUUGGUGUAUCAGAGUAAUAAUAAUAAUAAUUAUAACUUUAUUUUUAUACUGGUUUUUACAUGUCGUCGAUGUGUUUAGCAUCUAUUUAGCCAUAAUCGUUAAAAAAGUCACUGGAAAGCUUUUGUGUGGUGGAAAUUAAAUUAUCAGUUAAGCCAGAGCGCGAAGAAAGUUUGGACCAAAGUCAGAAUGUAUUUAUGUAAAGUAAAGAGUUGAAUUUGAAUCAUAAACAAACAGACAUAAGUUAUGGGGAAAAAAUACUUCUAUUUUUUACACAGCAUUUUAUUCAUUAAAUUUAAAUUUCAUUGGGGAAAAGUGAGAUCUGAUGUUUUUACAUGUCAGUAACUAACACUAUUAGCAUUUAUAUACAUAUAUAUAAACAGUAUAAUCGUCUGUUCUGUGUGUGAAUGGGUUAACGUUGUACGGUUCAUGUUAAAGUGCUAUUAAAACUUACCGUGGGCCAUUUACAUUUCAAACAAUGGACAACAAACAUCGACGUCUUGCUGCUAAAAACUGGGACAAUAAGUGAGAGGAAUUUGAAGGAAUUUUUCUAAAUGUAACAAUAUAUUUUUAUUUAUAUACAUAUUUGUCCUCGAGAUACAACAAAUGGGCGUGGGAUGUCCACAGACCGCUGUUGACCCAGUUCUCACACGAGUAAAUUCAAACUCAAAUCAGACUUCUAACGAUCAAAAAUCUGAUGUCAUCACCAAGAAAUUGUGAUAAAAGGUGAGUUUCUGCUCCAAUUUCACGACAACAUGCAGGUACAACACAUGUUGCCUCUGACAUAGUAUUGUGUAUGUACAGUAGACGGUGGUUGAUUUCUCUUUGUUCUGUCGUCGGUGACUUUUGAUGGAGAUUAAAGGGACACAACACAUUUUAUGUUUUUUUAGACAGUUGAAAAUCUGGAUUCACUUAAAUUUGAUUUAAUUUAAGAUCAUUUAUUGAAAAAGAUGUGUGGGUUAAUGUGAGACACUAAUCUUAGCGUUACCUUUUAGAGGUGUACAAUUGUAAAUAA